AUGUCCUAUAACUGCUUCCCGCGCAACUGCUCGCCCAGGCCCUUGGGCGGCCGCUGCGUCGCUCCGGCCGCCGUCUCCAACGACGCCUUGGAGACCGGGUGCCAGGGCGGGAUCUACCUGCCCAGCUCCUUCCAGGGCAACUCCUGGCUGCUAGACCACUGCCAGGAGACCUGCUGCGAGCCCGUCGUCUGCCAGCAGACCACCUGCAUCUCGGGCCCUGCCCAGCUCUGCCGGCCCUCGCCCUGCCCGGCGCCCGCGCCCUGUCAGACCACGACGUGCACCCGGCCGCUCGGCUUCGUGACCGGGCCCUGCCAGACCAUGGGUGGCAUCUCCAGCCUGUGCCAACCCGCCUGCACCGCGUCCAGGACGUACCAGAGGUCUUGCGUGACCAGCUGUCGGUCGACCUGCUGA